AUGCAUGGAAGAAACAGAGAGGAUUACAAGGCAAAAUUCCGCGACCCCAAAGUUGCCGCUGGCUUGGAAAAGAAGGCUCAACAAUGGUAUACCUUAAUGGACGCCCUGAUAGAAGCAAGAAAGGCAGACAAUUCCAAGGAAAAAGAUAAACGAAAGGGAACAAUUGAUUUGAUUGAAAAGGCGCUGUUGGUGAACCCAGAUCCCUUGAAUCUUUGGAAUCACCGUCGAGAAUUGCUGGUGCUAGAAAGGGAAGAAAUGGAAAACACGGAUCCCAUGCUCAAGAAUGAACUCGAUUUGACCCAAGCUGCCCUCCAACGCAAUCCCAAAGCUUAUGGUUCCUGGUUUCAUCGCAAGUGGAUUUUGGCAUUGCUGCAACCAGAUUCAUCAGUCCUACAAAACGAGCUAAAGUUGACAGCUCAAUUUUUGACCUUAGAUGAGCGAAACUUUCACUGUUGGAAUUAUCGUCGGUUCGUGGUCAGUGCAUUGGCGUCUUGUUGGAAUGGAGGUUGGGAGCUCCCGUCCAUGGGACCUCAAAUUGGCGCCUCGGUCAACAAUUCGGCGCCUAGCAUCCCCCAAGACGUUCUUGAGGCGGAAUGGGACUUUACACAUCAAAAGAUCCAACAUAACUUUUCUAAUUUUUCUGCCUUUCACUACCGAAGUCAGCUGUUGCCACGAAUGAUUGCCCAAAAGGGAGAUGAAGCUGCAAUCUUGGAGGAAGAGCUACAAGUGGUAGAGAACGCCAUUUUCACAGAGCCAGAUGACCAAACUGCUUGGUGGUAUCACAAACUUUUGCUAUUGGAAUACAAGUUUGAACCAAGUCGCCUGGAAGAGCAAGCCGAGAUGCUCAGAGAGCUGCUGGAAGAUUCUCCAGGGAAGUGGGUGUUGGUUGGGCUAUUUGAGAUCUUGUCGGUUUUGGGCACUCGUAAAGAAGAGCGUUGUGAACUACUGAAGCGACUGAUAACACUAGAUCAAGACCGAUCGACCCGGUACCGUGAGCUGCUGGAGAAGUUGGAGUCUGAGUAA